GGAUGCACGCUCGGGAGCUCCGCAUCCUGGCCUAGAGGCGCGGCGACGAGGCCCCCACCCCCCCAUUUACCCACCCCGUCCUCUCUCGCCCCCUCUCUCUGUCCAUGGCCAAGCGCGUGUACGAAGCAUGGAAAGGAAGCAACAAGUUCAUUCUUGGUGGGAGGUUGAUAUUUGGACCAGAUGCGAGGUCAUUGAUUGUGACAUUAGCGCUUAUAAUAGUUCCAAUGAUCAUCUUUUGCAUAUUUGUUGCGAGGCAUCUUCGCCAUGAAUUUUCUUCAUACAAUGCUGGAUAUGCAGUGCUGGUGGUAGCAAUUGGCUUCACGAUCUACGUGUUGCUGCUUCUUUUUCUUACCUCAGCCCGGGAUCCUGGUAUAGUCCCACGGAAUGCACAUCCACCAGAAGAAGUAUUGCGCUUUGACUCCUCAGCAUCAGUUGAAAUUGGGGGAAGACAAACGCCUAGCCUUCAGUUUCCUCGCACGAGAGAUGUUCUGGUUAAUGGUGUUACUGUGAGAGUGAAGUAUUGUGAUACAUGCAUGCUGUAUCGACCUCCUCGUUGUUCUCAUUGCUCUAUCUGUAACAACUGCGUUGAGCGUUUUGAUCACCAUUGCCCUUGGGUGGGCCAAUGUAUUGGAAUGCGCAACUACCGUUUCUUCUUCAUGUUUGUAUCUUCAGCCACUCUUCUGUGUAUCUAUGUUUUCGCGAUGUCUGCUUUCUACAUUAAGGUUCUGAUGGAUGAGUAUCGAGGUCCAGUUUGGAAGGCAAUGAAGGAGUCACCUGCCUCUGUCGUACUUAUGGCUUACUGUUUUAUUUCUCUAUGGUUUGUCGGUGGACUCACAGGCUUCCAUUUGUAUCUUAUAGGGACAAAUCAAGUAAGUCUCAUGCAUCAUUCACACAAUACAACAUACGAGAAUUUCCGGUACAGAGCGGAAAACAGGUUCAAUGCUUAUGACUUAGGGUGCUUCAGUAAUUUUUUUGAAGUGUUCUGCACGGAGGUAAAGCCGUCAAGGAACAAUUUCCGAGCUUUUGUCCAAGAAGAGGUGCACAGACCUGUUUUACCCAGCGAACGAGGAGCAGAAUCAGAGAUAGAAGAUUUCGGCGCAAAUCCACGCCCGAAGGUGGAGGAGGAUUUGGACAUUGGUGAAGAUUUUCUCAAAAUCUCCCAGCGUCGGAAUAUCGAACUCGAUCAAGAUGUUCAAAGUAGAGGAAGCAAUGGAACUCCAGAAAAUAGUAUGAUGGUGGACUCCCCUAUGGCUUCAGGACAUCGAGCUCCAACCAUUAAAUCUGAAAAUCGGCACUCAAGUUAUGUGAGAAGUGGGAGUUGGGAAAUUGCGCCUGAGGUCCUCGUGAAUUCCACGUUCACAGAGAGAAGCUACAUUCCCUCGAGCGAAACACGCUUGUAAUUGGUAUCAAUGAUUGGCAUGCAAACCAAAAUGAAACUCUGGCCUCAAGUUGAAAUUUAGUGUCUUUCAGGAGCAGUCAUUUUAUGCCAAUUUCAGGUCUGAAUUCUGAUGUUAGCUCCCUUUGUUUCCGUUCUUUUUGUGUGCUAUAUAUCUCUUCCUCUGAGCUGUUGAAUAGGAAUGUUUGAAUAGUGUCUUCUUAAUGUGUUACUUUCUCCUGGCACAUUUGUCUGCCCCCGCGGAUUAAAUUUGUAUUGCUGGCUAUAUUGUUUCUGUAUAUAACCAGUAUUCUAGGCACUUGAAA